AUGCAAACGGAUGCAGAAUCAACAGUAACAGAGCAUUUAUAUAAGGUUUUGGUGAUUGGAGAUACUGAAGUGGGUAAGACCAGCCUGGUCAGGCGACUUGUGAAAAACCAGUAUGCCGAAGGUUAUAAAAUAUCAGUUGGUGCUGACUUUGCUUUGAAAAUUAUAAACUGGGACAGAAACACAGUGGUGAGACUACACCUCUGGGAUAUAGCAGGACAAGAGCGUGUCAGGAAUUUGAGCAGGGUCUACUAUCAGAAGGCAAUGGGAGCACUUGUGGUGUAUGACAUAACAAAUGAUACUACACUUGGUAGUGCCUUAUCAUGGAAAUGUGACCUGGACAAUAAGCUUAGACUGAGCAAUGGAAAACCCAUCCCAGCAGUUUUACUAGCGAACAAAUGUGAUCAGAGCAGACACAGCCCGUCAGAGUCGUCUCUUCUGGACAAGAUUUGCAAUGAAAAAGACUUUGUUGGCUGGUUUGAAACAUCAGCUAAGGAAAACAUCAAUGUGAAGGAGGCCGUUAAUUUCCUGGUGAGGCAUAUUCUACUCAGUGACAAUUUGUUACCCAGUGAGGAAAGCCAUAAGGACCAAAUUGCACUGAAUACCCAAUCUGAGGCACCAAGGAAUAAAACAAAUUGCUGUUAA